AGACUCUCUCCCCUCACACCCCGAGAGAUUUCCGCAACAAUGAUGGCGGGGUGCAGCCGUCGGCGAGCGAAGGGCAGUGGGAGCUCCUGAGAGGCGGGACCGCUUCCCUCCCUCGCCUCUGUGUGCGUACCCCGCCGGGGAGCAGAGCCCCGGGAGAAGGGGUACGGAGGCAGCAGCCAAGGAGCACCCCCGCUAGGCGCAGCCCCGCUCAGCAUGCUCCCUGCCUCCCUGGUGCGGGGCAGCGCGCAGCUGCGGGCCCCACUGGGGUGUUGGCUGCUGGCGGGGCGGUGCGUCAGGUGGCGGCCGCAGCCCCGCGGCGGGGAGCGGGCUCUAAGCCCUGCUGGGCUCCGGACGGGUGCCGCCAUCUGCACGCGGGCGGGGGGGCUGAGCGCCGGGAAGCCCGGCGGGGACGGCAAGCACGUGUCGGUGCGGAGAGAUGAGAAAGAAACGCUUCUGUCCACUGUUGAGAAAGUGAAAGAAGCUGGAAGAGACUUUACCUAUUUGAUUGUGGUGCUUGUUGGAAUUGGUGUUACAGGUGGUUUGUUCUAUGUGAUUUUUAAAGAGCUAUUCUCUUCUUCCAGUCCAAGUAAGAUCUAUGGAGACGCCUUAGAGAAAUGCAGAUCUCAUCCUGAGGUAAUUGGUGUUUUUGGUGAACCCAUUAAAGGUUAUGGGGAGGCAACGCGAAGAGGAAGACGACAGUUUGUCAGUCACAUUGAAUACGUAAAGGAUGGACUGAAACACAUGCGUUUGAAGUUCUAUAUUGAGGGCUCUGAACCAGGAAGGCAAGGGACAGUCCAUGUGGAAGUCAAAGAGAAUCCUGAGAGAGGAAGAUUUGAUGUCCGUUACAUAUUUGUGGAUGUUGAUACCUAUCCUAGAAGAACCAUUGUUGUAGAAGACAACAGAUAGCCAAUGGUCAAAGUUCCUGCCUCUCUUACUGAGUAUUUAAUGAUACUGGCGUAGCCAGUCUACACAUGAAUUGUUUAGUGUUCUGGAUUAUAUCUUUGGGGCUUUAUAUCUAUGCAGCUUUGGGGUUUUGUUACAGGAAGUAACUUCUCAGGGCCUCCAUUAAAGUCUUUCAUAACAACAGAUCUGCAUUUGAUGAGAAACCAAUGAAUAACAUUACAGCCAUUUCUUAGGGAAAUACGACAUAGGAAAAUAAUGUCUCUUAAUAAACUGUUUAAUGCUGGACAAUAUCUCUACACCCAAAAACUGAGUGUUAGGUGGGGAGUUUCUUGUCUUCCUUUGCUUGGAUUUCCUGCUAGCUCUAAGAUAAAGAAAGUGAUAUUUUAAGUUUAGACAGACUCACCGUUUUCACUCUGGAUGCCUUUGUAGGCGACUAGUUAAAAUAAGAAUGUGUGUUAGUGAUGCAAAGGAGAUCUAGCUCAAAUACAUCUAAGAGUAUGAAUUGUGGAGACCUGCAUCCAUGGCAAAUGACUAAACAUAAAGACUUCAAUAUUGUUAUCUUCUAAAUAAACAGCAUCUGUACUGUCUGCUCCUUUCAAGGUCUGCCGCUCUGCUCCACUAUGUAAUAAUGGCACUGAUGUAGCAGCUCAGCACUGCCAACAGUUUUUCCAUUAACAUCACUAAUCUACAUCUUCCAGGAAUUAGAUUCAUGUACUUUUACCUCAAAUCAAAAGCGCAGAUCAUGACUGAAUUUAUCACUUGUGUUUCUUCGUUAGUGCCACGUGGCAGUUACUAAGCAUAAUCUUUUGUAUUAAUGAUCAGACCCAGCUGCGUCUGUCAAGCAGCACCAUCCAAAAGCCAUCUGCAAGCCUUAGCUUCCUACAGUUAACCACUUUUAAACACCAAUAAUGCAUUUUUCUUACAUGCCAUGAGCUUUUCAGUUCACUAGUUAUUUAUCAGUACAUUAAACAUAUGCUGAUGUUCAGUUAUCAGCCCUUAUAACUGGUUCUUUUAUUGGUACAUUUGGAGUGUUCUAAACUUACAAUGUUUCCUUAUACAAUACCAAAAAUGUUGUAUGUAGACAUUUAGUAAUGCUUUACUGCCCUCCUGUUCUUCAGUCUCCCAAUAAACUUGUCUGCAUAGUCCUAAAACAUAAUACUUUAGAUCUGGAUAGUUUUGCUUUCUAUUAAGCGAAACUGUGCUUAAUAAAAACUGUGCAGAAUAGCACAUACAGAAAAGCAGCUACCAAUCUCAGUCUGCAGUAAAGUGUGAGGUAUUUUGGAGUUUCUGCGUUGUGUAGAAUAGAACUGACUUCAAUCAUCCAGGCCAGAGGGAUUUUUACAAAACUUAAAACAUCAGUUGAGACUGGCCACAGUGAGUCCAUAUCUGUCAGUUUUGGCAGAUGAUAAACUUCUCUGAUUUCUUUUAUCUAUUAAUGGAUGCUUAUCAAGAGUUAGCAAGUUCACAACUUUACUCACAGUCAAAAGCUAUCAAACUCAGUAUUGCUCCCAAUUGUAAGUAUGAGGUACUUUUUAAGAAGUGGCUCUAGCAAACUUUAUUUUUACCUACAGUUACAGGCAACAUUAAUGUCAGUUUGGAAAGCUGUCUAAAUAAUGAAAGCCAUUGAGUCCUUUUCAUGUGGUUUUCAUGAAAGCAAUAGUUAAUAAAACCACCCAGUCUUUCUUAUUCUUCCCAAUUCUUCUUAGCAUUGUGCUCUACCAAAACUUUUCAAACCAAUUUGAUUUCUAACCCAAUAUAGGAAAAGAAAGAAGAAAAUCAGAAGCUCUUGUUGCAUUGCAAGCUGCUGCAGUAGCGACUGCCAUGUUUACUUGCUAUCAUUUAUGUCCAGUUGCUAUAAGCAUGCAUAUGUCAUAUAUGGCAGUUAACGAAAACUACCUCUGCAAGAGUUUUGUCAGUGGUGCAAGACAGAGCAAGUUAGAGCACAUCAGAAAUGCUGCAAGCUAUGUCAUUUUAUAGUCUAAUACUAAGCUCAGUAACCUUGAGCCUGUAUUAUACCUCAAUAAAAAUGUAACAAUUCUUCAAUUUUUAUGAAACGAGACAAUAGAAAAAUACACAGUUUGGACCAGAAAACUUGAUGAUAUUUUUUCCACUCCUAUAUGAGUUUCUUCCUUCUCAAGCUGCCUGAAAGCCAUUGUAAAAUUCCUUGUCAACAAUGGAAUUGACAGGCUAGAUUUUCUUCUUGUAUCCAUGCUCCAGUUUUGCUCUCAUAUUAAUCUGACUAUAGCUUGUUUUCUUCACUGCUGGGGAAAUGUAAAAAACUUUUUAGAGUAAAUGGUGUAGUAAAAACAAUGUGUUAAAUCCAGUCUUUGAGGGAAAAAAAAUCAGGCCUGCCUUAAAAGAAAGAUACUGAAAUUAAAAACAGCGAGGAUAGGCCAGCUGUUAGGUUUACUUUUGAUUUGUUUUAGACCCUUGUUUGCACUGAAGAAAGAAACUGUCAGGACUAGAAGCUUUCUGCGAAAGGAAAGAUGUUUCCAACAGUGGAGGUAUGUGAAAUAUCAGACAAGAAUUAGCAACUGGGGCUAAUGUCCACGUUUGACUUCAGCUAGUGAAAACACAUUCCAAACUUACUUGCAAACAGAUUUCUGAAUACUUUUAUUUCACUAGCAAGGAGUUCCUAAUAAACACAAAAAUAGAGUGUUUUUCAGGGGUUGUGUGAAAGAACUGUCUGAGAAUGAGAUCCCUGUUUGUCCAGUCACUGUGAAGCAUCAGAACAGAAGUUAACAAAAGUUGUUUGUAAAGGACUCCAUGCACUUGUCAUACUUUGCCAUUUGUGUCAAAUGCCAACGUUGUGCUUCCUAGCUGGGAAUAAAUGCUACAAUUACAGAUGUCA